GGGGUGGAAGCAGGACUGUCCGCGCAGCCUGCGUCUGGGAGCCACCGAGCCCGCGUCGCCAUAUGGGACGCCGCAGAGGACUGGCUCUGGGUCGGCUAACUGCGUCCGGGUCUUAGGCGCCGGGGCUCCAAGGCUCCUCCUACCCUCAGCCAGUCCCGAGAGGAGUAUGCGGCCCGGGGCCCCGUGGACUCCGGUCACAGGAACGCAGGGGCCUAGCUUCGAAGUCCCGCGCCCGAGGGCGACCGGGAAGGAGCGGCGGGAGGCUGCAAGGCGUCGGGGCGCGGGGAGGCGCGCUCCAGCCCGGGUCCUUGCUGGGCCGCGCGACCUGUGCGUGGCCUGAACUGCCGUCCCGGCUCCGGGGAGGCGACCGAGGGGCUCCGCAGCGGCCCCCGACCCCUGGCCACCAUCCUCACGUUCCUGCUCUUACGGCGGGGAUGUCGCGGCCCAGGCUCCGAGCGCCGCCCCAGCCCCGGGGCUGAGCUCCGGACCAUGUCCUCCCGCAGCCCCCGGCCCCCGCCCCGCCGCUGCCGCCGCCGCCUGCCGCGCCCCUCCUGCUGCUGCUGCUGCUGCCGCCGCUCGCACCUCAACGAGGACACCGGCCGCUUCGUGCUGCUGGCGGCGCUCAUCGGCCUCUACCUGGUGGCGGGUGCCACGAUCUUCUCCGCGCUGGAGAGCCCGGGCGAGGCGGAGGCGCGGGCGCGCUGGGGAGCCACGCUGCGCAACUUCAGCGCGGCGCACGGCGUGGCGGAGCCGGAGCUGCGCGCCUUCCUCCGACACUACGAGGCGGCUCUGGCCGCCGGGGUCCGUGCGGACGCGCUGCGCCCGCGCUGGGACUUCCCGGGCGCCUUCUACUUCGUGGGCACCGUGGUGUCGACCAUAGGUUUCGGCAUGACCACCCCAGCGACAGUGGGAGGGAAGGCCUUCCUCAUCGCCUACGGGCUGUUCGGCUGUGCGGGGACCAUCCUGUUCUUCAACCUUUUCCUGGAACGCAUCAUCUCGCUGCUGGCCUUCAUCAUGCGCACAUGCCGGGAACGCCAGCUGCGCCGCAGUGGCCUGCUGCCCGCCACCUUCCGCCGCGGCUCGGCGCUGUCGGAGGCCGACAGCCUGGCGGGCUGGAAGCCCUCGGUGUACCACGUGCUGCUCAUCCUCGGCCUGUUCGCCGUGCUGCUGUCGUGCUGCGCCUCGGCCAUGUACACCAGCGUGGAGGGCUGGGACUACGUGGACUCGCUCUACUUCUGCUUCGUCACCUUCAGUACCAUCGGCUUCGGGGACCUGGUGAGCAGCCAGCACGCCGCCUACCGGAACCAGGGGCUCUACCGCCUGGGCAACUUCCUCUUCAUCCUGCUCGGCGUGUGCUGCAUCUACUCGCUUUUCAACGUCAUCUCCAUUCUCAUCAAGCAGGUGCUCAACUGGAUGCUGCGCAAGCUGAGCUGCCGCUGCUGCGCGCGCUGCUGCCCGGCGCCAGGCGCGCCCCUGGCCCGGCGCAACGCCAUCACCCCGGGCUCCCGGCUGCGCCGCCGCCUGGCCGCGCUGGGCGCCGACCCUGGGGCCCACGACAGCGACGCCGAGGGACGCCGCCUGUCGGGCGAGCUCAUCUCCAUGCGCGACCUCACGGCGUCCAACAAGGUGUCGCUGGCGCUGCUGCAAAAGCAGCUGUCGGAGACCGCCAACGGCUACCCGCGCAGCGUGUGCGUGAACACGCGCCAGAACGGCUUCUCCGGGGGCGUGGGUGCGCUGGGCAUCAUGAACAACCGGCUGGCGGAGACCAGCGCUACCUCCAGGUAGAGCGGCCGCCCGCCCCCUGCGCCGUGGACUGUAUCCUGGCUGCGCGCCGCCGGGCGGGUUUGCUUAACUCCUCUCAGAGCUGGCGCGCUCUUAAUCUUUAUCCAAUAAAAAUGAAAC